AUGGUUCGGAUUGACUACGCACCAUGGGGACUUAAUGCUCCUCACACUCACCCAAGAGCCACCGAGAUUCUUACUGUUCUUGAAGGGACACUACAAGUUGGAUUUGUAACAUCUAAUCCCGAUAACAGAUUUAUCACAAAGGUGCUUCAAAAGGGUGAUGUUUUCGUGUUCCCAGUGGGGCUUGUUCAUUUCCAACGCAAUGUGGGUAAUGGAUAUGCUGUGGUUAUUGCUGCAUUAAGCAGUCAAAACCCAGGUGCCAUAACAAUUGGGAAUGCUGUUUUCGGUGCAAAUCCUGCAAUUCCAGCGGAUAUUCUUGCUAAGGCGUUUCAAGUGGAUAAGAGUGUGGUGGAUCAGCUACAAGCGAAGUUCUAG